ACCAACAUGUGCUGACGUGUCAGCUGACAGGCCGCAUGUUGUUGAGAUCAGAGCUCAAACUAGUUUCAUUUCUGAGGAAGUCAAACUCAGACAGUCGUAGACGCGGAGAGGAGAAAUGGCGCAGAAAGGAGUUCAGCUGGACCGGGAAACCUUCUCUUGUCCGAUCUGUCUGGAUCUACUGAAGGAUCCGGUGACUACUUCCUGUGGACACAGCUACUGCAUGAACUGUAUUCAAAACUUCUGGGAUGGAGAGGAUGAGAAGAGAAUCCACAGCUGCCCUCAGUGUAGGCAGACCUUCACACCGAGGCCUGUCCUGAAGAAAAACACCAUGUUAGCAGCUUUAGUGGAGGAACUGAAGAAGACUGGACUCCAAGCUGCUCCUGCUGAUCACUGCUAUGCUGGACCUGAAGAUGUGGCCUGUGAUGUCUGCACUGGGAGAAAACUGAAAGCUCUGAAGUCCUGUCUGGUCUGUCUGGCCUCUUACUGUGAGAAACACCUCCAGCCUCAUCAUGAUGUAGCUCCAUUAAAGAAACACAAGCUGGUGGAGCCCUCCAAGAAGCUCCAGGAGAACAUCUGCUCUCGUCAUGAUGAGGUGAUGAAGAUGUUCUGCCGUACUGAUCAGCAGUGUAUCUGUUAUCUCUGCUCUGUGGAUGAACAUAAAGGCCACGACACAGUCUCAGCUGCAGCAGAAAGGACUGAGAGGCAGAGAGAGCUCGAGGUGAGUCGACUAAACAUCCAGCAGAGAAUCCAGGACAGAGAGAAAGAUGUGAAGGAGCUCCAACAGGAGGUGGAGGCUAUCAAUGGCUCUGCUGAUAAAGCAGUGGAGGACAGUGAGAAGAUCUUCACUGAGCUGAUCCGUCUCAUGGAGAAAAGAAGGUCUGAUGUGAAGCAGCAGGUCAGAUCCCAGCAGGAAACUGAAGUGAGUCGAGUCAAAGAUCUUCAGGAGAAGCUGGAGCAGGAGAUCACUGAGCUGAAGAGGAAAGACGCUGAGCUGGAGAAGCUCUCACACACAGAGGACCACAACCAGUUUCUACACAACUACCCCUCACUGUCACGACUCAGCCAAUCUACAGACUCAUCCAGCAUCAAUAUCCGUCCUCUGAGGGACUUUGAGGAUGUGACAGCUGCUGUGUCAGAGCUCAGAGAUAAACUACAGGACGUUCUGAGGGACCAACGGACAAACAUCUCACUGACAGACACUGAAGUCCAUGUUUCACUGUCAGGACCAGAACCAGAGCCCAAGACCAUAGCUGAGUUCCUAAAAUAUUCAUGUGAACUCACACUGGAUCCAAACACGGCAUACAAACAGCUGUUAUUAUCUGAGGGGAACAGGAAAGUGACAUAUACGAGUCAACCUCAGUCUUAUCCUAGUCACCCAGACAGAUUCACUUCAUGUUGGCAGGUCCUGAGUAGAGAGAGACUGACUGCACGUUGUUACUGGGAGGUGGAGUGGGGAGGAGAUGGAGUUUAUGUAGCAGUCACAUACAAGAACAUCAGCAGAGCAGGGAUCUCAGAUAAAUGUGUAUUUGGACGCAAUGACAAAUCUUGGUCGUUAUAUUGUUACAAAAACAGUUAUAUCGUUUGUCACAACAAAGUCCAAACUCCCGUCUCAGGUCCUCGGUCCUCCAGAGUUGGAGUGUACCUGGAUCACAGUGCAGGUAUUCUGUCCUUCUACAGCGUCUCUGAAACCAUGACUCUCCUCCACAGAGUCCAGACCACGUUCACUCAGCCUCUCUAUGCUGGACUUUAUGUUUUGGGGGGAUCUGCUGAGUUUAGUAAAGUGAAAUAGACAGAAGUCAUUGAAGGGACAGUGGGUUAAAUUCUGUUUUAAAUCUGAAACUCAUUCUGUCUCCAUGUUUGUUGCUGAGAGCUGAUUGUUGUGGCAUUUCUUCACUGCGCAGAGAUCACCUGUCAAUCAAACAUUAUGGGCGGUACUUUGACGUCUUUGACGAGUCAGGUCUGCGCUUUGUCUCCAGUGUAUCUCUCCCUCUCCUCUGGUACCAUGAGUUACUAUGGUUACGUGGGUGCCCUGAAACCUUAUAAUGAUUCUGAGUAAAAUCUCAAAUGUAGCCUGAUUGUUCCUCAAUGCUGAAAUCUUGGAUUAUAACAUAAUUGUACGUGACAAAUCUGAAGCCAAAUAAAAGGUGAAGCCCCAAAGCUUCUCCCUCAUGAAAAUGUAGAAUUAUGUAUGUUAACUUGUCCUGUGUGCAAAUCAUCAUCAUAGUUAUCCUCACUGUCAUUUAUUACACAGAUCCUGUCGUUAAUAUCUUCAGACGUUUGAAGUGUCUUUGUAUCCUUCAGUAAAUAUUCAGUGAGCAUGUGAAUUGAGCAACUCUGACCUAAUAAAUGAGAAA